AUGGGAGAGGUAUUAAGGGAAGCGGCUUCUAUUGAAAGACCUCCAAUUGGUUAUAUUUUGGAUUUGCUACAAGCAUGCCUGACUUUAAAUUACUUCAGAUUUGAAUCUACAUAUUAUACACAACUAACUGGAACUUCUAUGGGAGCGCCGAUGGCUCCUAUGUAUGCCAAUUCCUUCAUGUACAUUUAUGAGAAGCGUCACAUUCUUGAAAAAUAUGCAACAAAAAUUUUACAGUUCAUGAGAUUUAUUGACGAUAUUUUAUUGCUAUGGACUGGCACUAUAGAUGAGUUUGAAUUAAUGAUGCAAGAAUUAAACCACUUACCAUCUUCGAUCCGUUUCACUUGGCAGACCAGUGUCUCAAAGAUCAAUUUUCUUGAUCUCCAGAUUUCAAUACAUAAUAAUGAAUUUGGAUACACAUUAUAUUCUAAGGAAACUGACCGCAACACAUUACUUCAUGCUUCAAGUUUUCAUCCGGAUAGAUUGAAAAAAUCUCUUCCGAUUUCACAGUUCAUCAGAGUGUUACGCAAUAACUCUAACCCAGAUGUUGUAGAAAAUCAACUUCAGGAGAUGCACCAGAAGUUUAAAGCUCGGGGUUACUCAGAACAGACUUUGGAUACAGCAUAUGUUAAGGCUUUGCAAUCAAUUUCAGAGCAAAGGAUUCAUCUCAACAUGGGGGAUCGACUUGUUUUCCCUCAAUCUUUUCAUCCUAAUUCUGAUAAAUUACGUCUAAAUAUUUUGGACAAUUGGAGAACUAUCAACAAAGAUUCAUCUUUACCUACAGUGUUCCAGAAGCCACCUAUUAUAAGCUACAGGAAAGGGAAAAGCCUGAAGGUCUUAUUGGUACACACUGAUAAGUGGACUUUUGCACAAUCUUCUAAGAUAGCCUCCAAUGCUGGAUGUUUCCGUUGCUUAAAUUGCCUAGCAUGUAACUUCAUGACACCAGGGAAGACCUUUAAUCAUCCGAGAUCUGGAAAAGUGUAUAAAAUUAAAUACCAUAUUACAUGUCAAACUACCCACGUAAUAUACAGAAUAAUAUGCCCAUGUGGGCUAAUAUACGUGGGUAAAACAUCUAAUGAUCUGAGGGAGAGAAUGCGUGGACAUCGUUCGACUAUCCGCACAGCACUCAGCAGUGGAAUAGCGACGACUCCUGUGUCACGACAUUUCCUUGAG